GUGCCAGCUAGCAGUUGGACUACAGGAGUGAGACGAGACGGUACUCGGGUGGUCAUCCCUGAGACCCUUUGCGGUGAAUGACAAGGAGUAGCGUCCGGGACCUGUCCCCGAGGGAGUCGAGUUAAUAACUGGGACGCGGAAGAUUCGCAUUUGUGACUUCGAACGCCAUCAAGUAACACCCCCCGACAGUCACAAUGGUCGAGAAAAUCUUGGAGGAAGUUAAGAAUGCUGAGUGUGAGGUUGUGUUUAUGCAAGACAUCGCGGCUCGCAAGGAGCAGGCUAAGGCUACCAGGCGCAAGAAGAAGAGGACAUGCUCAUCCAGCCUCAUGGCCUCGACUUUCCCAGAAAUGUACCGUCUGACGGGAGAGAUUCUGGGUACUGGUGCUUAUGCUUCGGUGCAGACGUGUGUGAAUGUUUGGACGGAUAUGGAGUAUGCAGUGAAGAUCAUCGAGAAAGUGCCUGGCCACAGUCGCCAGAGGGUAUUCAAAGAGGUCGAGACGUUCCACCACUGUCACGGCCACCCCAACAUCAUCCAACUGAUCGAGUUCUUCGAGGAGGAGGAGCGAUUCUACCUGGUUUUCGAGAAGGUGAACGGCGGCCCGCUAUUGAACCGCAUCCAGGAGUACGUCCACUUCACGGAGAAGGAGGCGAGCCAGAUCAUCAAGGACCUCGCCUCGGCCCUCAAUUUCCUUCACAAGAAGGGCAUCGCUCACCGCGACCUCAAGCCGGAGAACAUCCUGUGCGUCUCCAGCGACGAGCUGUGCCCUGUGAAGAUCUGCGACUUUGACCUCGGGUCAGGCAUCAAAUUCAACGCUGAUCUUUCAUCUCCAGUCCUCACUCCUCAACUGCUCACUCCUGUGGGAAGUGCAGAGUUCAUGGCCCCGGAGGUGGUCGAAGCUUUUGUGGGCGACUCUUGCUCUUAUGACAAGCGCUGUGACUUAUGGUCUCUCGGAGUUAUUGCUUACAUCUUGUUGUGCGGCUAUCCACCCUUCUACGGACACUGCGGAACUGAUUGCAGUUGGGAGCAGGGUGGAACCUGUGAAAGCUGUCAGGAAUUGCUUUUCGAAAGUAUUCAAGAGGGAAGGUACGACUUCCCUGAGAGAGAAUGGGGCUCCAUCUCGGAUGAAGCCAAAGACUUGAUUCGCGGGUUGCUGGUGAAGGAGGCUAGCCGGCGGCUGUCAGCCGAAUCUGUUCUGCAUCACCCAUGGGUGGCCAAUGGACCCAGGGAGGAUGCAGCUCCCCUUACCACCCCUCAGAUCAUUCGCAGAAACAACAGUGCCAAGGAGUUGUCUGCAUUUGCUGAGAGUGCCAUGGAAGUGAACCGGGUGGUUCUGCAACACUUCAGCCUCAACAUGGACAUGAGUCACCUGAGCUGCGCGACCCAGGCGCGUCAGCAGGCGACCCACAACAGUGAGAUCUUCGGACUAGCCGACCCCAGUAAGUCCGGACUGGCGCAGCGCCGCAUCCUGAGGGCCCAGAGCCUCAGCAAGGAGAACGCUGGCUUCGUCGCGCCCGCCCCCAUCGGCUAGGUCCAAAUUUUUGCUUUAACACCGCCUUUCUCUCAGUUAAAAGAGUCAACCUUUGACGCGUCGCAUUUCUUUCUCUUAGAUAAGGUUGGAUUAAUAUGAAUUGAAAUAAUUUUCUAUUGUUUUAUAAAAGCUGGAUGAUUAUUUUUGUGCUCUGAGCUGCUUUUCACGCCCAAGCUAAAACGCAGUUUUCCCCCUUUUUUUGUUUGUCAUUUAGUUGAUUUAUUAAUGCAGCACCGAAAACAGUGCUGCUCCACCUUCUCUAAACUAGUUAAAACAAAAAUAAGAUUGUUGGCAUCGGAGUUGGAGAGAAAUCUGAAACUGCAUGCCGUUUACAAAUAACGAUCGAUCCUAAUCGUAACAUAGAGCUCUGCUGAAAAAAAUGUACUCUCCAAACUUUUCUCUCCAGCUUGUCGAGUAAUUCGUAGCAUUUAGCAGAUGAAACAAAGAAAAAAACACAAAACAACAUAAUUAUCUAUGUACUCGAACUAAUUUUUCAGUGACAAGUAGAUAAUCGAUUGAUUGAGUACGUGAGAAAUCGUCGACUCUGUGUCUUGGAACGAAAAUUCGAGUUAUUAGUCUCCCCCUCAACUUAACACAGCAAUAGUUGCUGGUAACGCAGCAACGUGUUAUUUUUACGAAUUGAAUCACACACACACACGAUAAAUAUAAAUGUCCGUCUUUAAGAAGCGAAAAGUGCUCUACCUCAAUUGGAUGAUUUUUUGCUAAACUCUGCAUGUUCUCAGCUCACUCGAGACAAACUUUUCGACUAAAAAAACGUACACCAAAAAAUUGCUGAGUUUCGAGUGGCGGGAACGCAAAUCAAGUAAUAUAUUUGUGGUCCGGUUUGAGAAACUGGUCUUAUCGUACACAAUUUAAAAAAAAAACAUACGUCGAGUCAUUUAUUUUUAAUGAAAUGUGCGCUUUUCUCGUCACAUCACUGCUGCUGCAUCUCUGUGUAACGAAUAGUACGCGCCUGCUUGUAACAAUAGCCACUUCUAGACUGUGAGAGCUGAACUUUUCACCUUCCAUUGGAUUUGUUCAUGUGACCGAUCUGUAGUAAUCCAUUUAUUGUGACAGUGGUGAUGCAAGAGAGAUGCUUUUUUACUUGUCAUAAAUAUAAAAAUACAUCAAAAGAGAGAGAAAGAGAGAUGGAAAUACUUCUAAAAAUUACAAAAUCAUGUUGCGUGAACCCUUCCAGAAAAAGAGACUUUUGAUUUGAGCGCUGGCUUUCAAAAAUCCAGCUCAAGUACAAUACACAAACACAGACACACACACAGUUGUUGUUGUAAGAAGUAAAGAUGCUUAACUGCACGAGAGACGAAUUGGCUCUAAUUUAAAAUAGCUAUUUUGGAUGUUGACUGCAGAAAUGUUCCUUCAGAAGCGUGAGAGUGCAAGGGAGGAAGGGUUAGCUCAACAUAAUGUACCUUAUUACAAAAAUUGAAAUCUCCUGUUAUUACUGCUUGAGUAUGUACACCAACUCUGAUUAACACGGGAUUUGAUUCUUUUUGUAUGAAUGAGCUAAGCUGUGAUAGUUAUUAAAAUAUAAAAUCAAUUGAACGGUUUAAAAACAACAUCAAAAGAUCACAUGCAAACUACACACAUUUUUAUAUUUUCCGUCGUGGCCAUAUUAUGUAGAUUUUGAGCAGAAAGGGAAAUAAUAAUAAUAAUGUACCAAAAAAAGCAUAAAAAAAUCAUUAUGUAUAUCAGACGAUGAUAUUUGUGGUGAGCAUUCAUAUGAGGAACACACACACACUACAUACUUUUAAGCGUGUAAAUCAACUCACACAUAAUUUGUCUCUGUAUGUAUACUCUCCUGUUUUGGCUACUACUGUAAUGAUUCUGUUAAGAUUCAUAGAGAGUAAUUUUUUAUUGUUAAAUGCCAGACCUCCGAUUAAGUUUAAGGAGUUAGGAACCAUGCGGAAGAUAAUGGAGAAAAAAAUAUCAUCUCUUAGAUUACAAAGGAGAGAAUUUGAUAAUGAAUGACUGACUUAAAAAUAAUUAUGUACAUUCUUGUGAUGGAGGAGUUAUAUAAAUGUAAAAUUCGAAUAAAAAGAAAAGAAUUUUUCUAGCCAA